CAUAUCUCCUCCUGGAACAAUGUGGGACGGAGGAUGGAUUUCAGUACCGCCGCCGGAAAUUCCAUGGCGGAUGAGCGGGGCUUCCCGGCCCUUGCCAGUAAGCCGACACUGGGGCGAGCCAAUCCCUUCGCCAGACACGGCAUUGGUACUGUCUGUGACGAGCAAGCGAUGAAGAGCUUGCCUCCACUGCUCGGGAAGCCGCCAAAAAUUCUCGCCGAGGAAGAAAAAUGUGGCAAAGAAGAAGCGAAAGAUAUUGUGCAUUCUGCGAAGUUGGAAAGUGGGGUGGGAAAGAUUUUUGUUGGCAAUCUUCCCUAUGGUGCGACAAAGGAGAAGGUUGUCGAGCUUUUCUCUCGUUUUGGUCCGGUGAGGGAUGUUAUCUGGAUCCGCAGCCACGAUCAUCCCGAGAGGAACAAAGGCUUUUGCUUUGUUUACUACGGAAGCUCCAGUCCAGGAGCUUGUGCACUUAAAGCUGCAGAGGUUGAUGGGGUGGAAUUCGAGGGAAAAAGGUUGGCUAUCAAACUAGACGAUGGAAGAAAAUCACGUCAAAAGGGAGAGGAAGAAUAUGGAGACUGCUCGGAUGAGCCUGCUGCUCAAAGAUUCCGCGAGACCAUGGAAAUUGACGCUGGAAACUGGCAUAAGAUUGUCAACGCUUUUCAAGUGAUCGACAAGCCAGUGUUACGAGAGUAUGGGCUUUUGGUCGAUUUCUAUGCAAGACAUGGUGACAAAGUUGCUGCACGAGCAACUUUUGAAGCUAUGCGAGCUUCUCACAUCAAGCCCAAUGUUCAUAUCUACACGAGUUUGAUUCAUGCUUAUGCAGAAGCUAGAGACAUGGAAGGGGCUGUAGCGUGCACUGAAGAAAUGCUUUCCCAAGGCAUACAACUCAAUGAAGCAGUAUUCUGCUCGAUCAUAUCGGGAUAUGCAAGUGCUGGAAAUAACGAGGCUGCAGAACAUUGGUUUGAGAAAUUCAAGGCCGAAAAUCUCGUUCCUGGUGGGAUCGUCUACAACAGUAUAGUCCAAGCAUAUUGUCAAGCUGGGAACAUGGAAACGGUGGAAGCUUUAUUAGCACAAAUGGAAGAGGAAGGAUUUCAAGGAAACUUGGGAUUAUACACCACAGUGCUUAAUGGUUUUGCGGAGAUACGUGACGAAGAGAAGUGUCUUAGUUUCUUUCACAGAUUGAAGGUGAGUCCUCAGGCUGGAAACAUGGCUAAGGCUCUUGAUAUUUUGGAGGAAAUGGAUAAGCAUGGAGUUUCUCCCAACAAGAUGAUCUAUGCUAUGAUAAUGGACGGCUACGCUCGUGGUGGUGAUUUUACAGCUGCGUUCAAAGUCUGGGAAGAUAUGGUUUCGGCCGGGCUUAAGCCAGACAUUGUGAUAUACAACAUCCUGGUUCACGCGUUCUGUAAAGCUGGACGCAUGGACAAAGCUCUUGGUGUUUUGGAAAACAUCGAAGCCAACCGACUUCUUCCAACUAUCGAAACAUACACCUCGAUACUCGAUGGAUAUGUGAAAGGGGGAAAUAUCCAAAAGGCAUUGGAAGUUUUCGACAGGAUUAAAACGGCAGGCCUGAGACCUGGGGUUGUUUCUUACAACUCCUUACUCAGCGGCCUUGCGAAAGCGCGACAGAUGGAAAAUGCGCGUCUGAUGCUAAAUGAAAUGCUAGCGAACGGGGUUGUUCCGAGCGAACGAAUCUACACGGCUCUUACAGAGGGCUAUGCACGAACUGGCGAUGUCGAGAAGGCUUUUGGAGUGUUUCAAAGGAUGAAGAAGGAAAAUCUAGCGAUCGACAUUGUUGCCUAUGGUGCGCUACUCAAGGCAUGCUGUAACUCUGGUGCCAUGCAUGGUGCAGCCGAAGUGUUUCAGCAGAUUACUGAUGCAGGACUGAAACAUAAUCAAAUCACGUACUGCACUAUGCUUGACGGUCUCAUAGGCAGAUUUUUCAGAGUUGGGUUUGAGAAUGUGAGCUCCAAUUCUUGUCUGAAGCGAUUGAUACCCCGUGCGUCGAAGAUCUUUGAGCGUGACAAGCUCCAGCCAGUGAAGAACAAGCCGGUCUUUCGUCGGGUUGAGAAUCCCCUUCUGGAUAAGAAAGUCUCCAAGAGGAGGAAAGGUACCAGACAUGGAAAGGCAUGGCUCGAGACAGGACGGAACUUUACCGAGAUUGAGCUCAUCGUUCUCAGCCCAGCCGCGAGUUCUUUGGCACAGUUUCUACGAAUGCAAGAGGACGCCACGGCUAUUUGGAACGCACUCGACAACCUGCCUAGAGGUCACGAUACUUGGGAUAAUUUCAUGAGUGUGGUCGUUCACUUCUGGAACUACAAAGACUGGCCGCGUGUUACACAGAUGUGUGAGUGGGUGCUCCAAGGCACCACUUUUCGGCCAGACCUCGGCUGUUACAAUCUUUUGAUUGACGCUUACGGGAAAAGCUUGAACAUAGAAGAUGCUGAGAAGACUUUCAACCGGAUGCAAGAGGCUCUCUGUGUUCCGAACGAGGAAACUUUCGGCGUCCUGAUAAAUGGCUACAGGCUUGCGGGCUCAUUCGAAAAGGCCGAGGAACUCUUCGUCCAAAUGCAAAAGCGGGGAUACAGUCCUGGGCCGCUGGCAUGCAACACCUUUCUCCACGUUUUAGAAGACGCGAAAGAAUACAGGAGGGCCGAAGCUUUGUUCCGGGACCUGGAGAAGUACGAGUGCGAGCCAAACAUUGACACUUACAACCGGAUGAUUGUCAUCUAUGGCAAGGCAGGGGAGCCUUCCAAGGCGGAGAUGCUUUACAGAAGCAUGAGGCGCGCUAUGUGUCCUCCAAAUAUUUGUACAUUCACUGCUCUCAUGAACGCUUUUGCGAGACAAGGGCUGUACCGAGAAGCCGAGAGAUACUUCGACAAGCUGCAGGAGUUCGACUACAAGCCCGACCACUACGCCUACAACGCGUUGAUGGAAGCGUACAGCCAAGGAGGUUCUCCGGCCGGGGCACUCGAGAUUUUCCAGACAAUGCAAAGAAAUGGCUGCUUCCCGGACACGGUCUCUCACAACAUUCUUAUCAAUGCCUAUGGACGAGCUGGGCUAUAUGAAGAUGCCGAGAAGAUUUUCAAGUCCAUGCAAAGCGCCGGCUUUUCUCCAAACCUCAAGUCCAACAUGCUCCUCCUGAGCGCCUAUGCAAGAGCCGGGAGGGUCGAAGAGGCCGAGGAGCUCGUCUCCGCCAUGGAGAGGGAUGGAACAAAGCCGGACACUCUGAUCUACAACUCUCUCAUCAACGCCUAUGGAGUUUCCGGCAGGCACGAGGACAUGGAAGCUCUCCUCGCAAAGAUGGUGAAAUCGUCGUCCAAGCAAACCAAGCCAGACAUUGGUACCUACAACACGCUGAUCCAAGUUUACGCUCAGGCGGGAUUCAUUCCCAGGGCGGAGGAGCUCUUCCAGGGACUGGCGAGGCUCAAGCUCGUUCCGGACGCCACGACUUGGACGGCCUUGAUGGGAGGCUACGCCAAGAAGAAGCUCUACAGGAAAUGCACGAGUAUCCUCAAGAAGAUGCUCGAGUCCGGGUGUAGAGCCGACGCUGUGACCGCGAGGGUGCUCUUCUCGGCGUGCCGGAGCCCCGAACAAGUGGAGCAAGUCACCCAGCUCAUGGAAUCUCUCCAAGGGAGAUAGAAAUCGUAAGAAACUUUAGAGUUCUUGAAAGCUCGUAGAACAAAAUUUAUGUUUUCCAUGACAUCCAAACUCACAUAAUUUGGUUCGAACAA